GAGUAUGUAAUGGAAGCAAAGUUGUGUUAUCAAUAGUGAUAGACGCAUGGCAACAGUUAGCAGUUUAAUGAUUACUAGAUGUUCCCAUGAACCAGUUAAACUAUAACUUCAAACUAUCAUUUGAGUUACAUUUGCCGGAGUACACGUUCACCGUUGGAUCAUAGGAAUGGAGAUAAUCAGGUUGUUUUGUCCGGUCGAAGAAACCAAACGGCAGAAGUACCUUCGAAAUUUCAAAAAGGUCAAUCCUCAUGUCACUAGUUUAUCAGCGGAGAAAUGUUAUCACAUACAAGUGUCGAACAGCAGUGCUUUGUCUACCGAAUCAUUGAAACUGCUGCGUUGGAUACUGAAAGGACCCCAGGGUGAUGACAAUCUGUCAACAGAUUCGCAUCUCAGUGUAAAACUAAAACAUGAAACGCUUUUUGAAAUCGGUCCCCGUUUUACCUUUUCUACAGCAGAAUCAACAAACACCGUUAGUAUUUGCCAUAACGUUGGGCUCAAAUUCAUUGAUAGAAUUGAGAUGUCUGUACGUUAUCUACUCACGUUAGACACAAACAAAAUUGCCGAGAGUGAAGUAAACCAACUCAUUGAAACUGUUUGUGAUCGAAUGACGCAAUGCCGAUAUACGAAUGAAAAUAUUCCCAAAAACAACUUUUUUGAAUGCUUCACCGAACCUAAGAAAAGGUGGUACUACAUUCCUGUUAUGGAAAAGGGAGCAGCUGCAAUCAGGGAUGAAAACACCAAGCUGGGUCUUGCGUUUGAUGAAUGGGACAUUAAUUACUAUACGCGGCUUUUUCAAAGUUUAUUGAAACGCAAUCCAACAAACGUUGAGUUAUUUGACUGUGCUCAAUGCAACAGUGAACACUCACGGCAUUGGUUCUUUAGAGGAAAAAUUUUUCUCGAUGGCGUAGAAGAAAAGCAAUCAUUGAUAGAGCAAAUUAUUGAUACGCAAAAAUCGUCAAAUCCGAACAACACUGUCAAGUUCAGUGACAACAGCAGCGCUAUCAAAGGAUUUACUCAUAAAACAUUGCAUGCUAGCAGCUUCACCGAAUGUGGAAAGCUGGAAACAAAAACGGUUAAAUCUGAUUUGAUCUUUACGGCGGAAACUCACAAUAUGCCAACAGCAUUGUCUCCUUUCAGUGGAGCAACCACCGGUACAGGCGGUAGGAUUCGAGACGUUCAAAGCAUCGGCAGAGGCGGAUUACCCAUUGCAGGAACUGUGGGGUAUUGCGUGGGAAUGCUUAAUAUUCCGGGCUAUAGCCUUCCUUACGAGACAAAACUGAAUUAUCCUGCUUCAUUUUCUACACCGCUUACGAUAUUGAUUGAGGCCAGCAAUGGUACCUCCGACUACGGAAAUAAGUUUGGAGAGCCUGUUGUUACCGGAUUCACUAUUUCUUUCGGCAUUGUUACAGAACAGGGCUCGCGAAUCGAAUAUGUAAAGCCAGUACUUUUUAGUGGCGGCUUGGGAAUAGCAAAUGCAGAACAAAUGGAUAAAAUUAAUCCAGAAAAAGGCAUGUUACUCGUUAAGUUGGGAGGUCCUGUAUACCGAAUUGGUGUAGGAGGUGGAGCAGCUAGUUCUGUUGAUGUUCAAGGAAAUAACGACAGCACGCUAGAUUUUAAUGCGGUCCAACGUGGCGAUGCUGAAAUGGAAAACAAAUUGAAUCGAGUUGUACGGGCUUGCAUCGAAAUGGGCGCAGACAAUCCUAUUCUUUCGAUACAUGACCAAGGUGCCGGUGGUAACGGAAAUGUGUUGAAGGAACUCGUUGAACCUGGAUGCGCUGGUGCCGUAAUUUUUUCAAAAGAAUUUCACCUAGGAGAUCCUACUAUAUCUCUUAUGGAACUUUGGGGAGCCGAGUAUCAAGAAAACAACGCUGUAUUGAUAACUCCAGAAAAAAAACAGUUGUUGAUGAGCAUAUGCGAGAGGGAAAGAUGCCCAAUUAGUGUUGUUGGUUUCGUUACUGGAGACGGAUACAUAUCUCUUAUCGAUGGUGACUUUGAAACUGAAAAAUUCUUCUCAAGAAAUAAAAGAGAAACAUGGGGAAAUUUGCCGUAUGAUAUGCAUUUAGAUAAUGUGCUUGGAAAAAUGCCCCAAAAAGAGUUCAAAUUACGUCGUAAGCCUUUGCCGUUACAAGAAAUGUGUGUCGAAAACGUUACAGUUCUAGAAGCGCUAAUGCGCGUAUUGUCUUCCGUAACAGUUGGAAGUAAGCGUUUCCUAACAAAUAAAGUUGAUCGCUGCGUCACCGGUUUGAUAGCACAACAACAAUGUAUAGGACCACUACACACGCCUUUAGCAGAUUUCGCUGUGACCGCAGUAUCUCAGUAUAGUUUUGAAGGAAUUGCAACCUCAAUAGGAACCCAACCGAUAAAAGGAUUGGUUGAUAACAAAGCUGGAGCACGUAUGUCUGUUGCAGAAGCGAUAUCUAAUUUAGUUUUUGCAGGGAUCACAGAGCUAGCUGACGUUAAGUGUUCUGGAAAUUGGAUGUGGGCAGCCAAGCUGGAUGGAGAAGGUGCUAAACUAGUGGAUGCAUGCAAAGCAAUGUGCGAAAUUAUGAAAGAUUUGAAUAUCGCAAUAGAUGGUGGAAAAGAUUCGCUAUCAAUGGCAGCGCGUGUGAGCUCUGCAGAAACUGUUUCAAGUCCUGGAACCUUGGUCAUAUCGGCUUACGCUCCAUGCCCAGACAUAAGAGUAAAGGUUACUCCUGAUUUGAAAGCGGCUUCGCGUGACAUUGAGUCCACAUUAUUAUACAUAUGCAUUGAGAAGAAGUUCAGGCUAGGUGGUUCAAUAUUGGGCCAAUGUUUCAAUCAGCUAGGCGUAAUUACUCCAGAUAUUCAAAACCCGAAUGCUCUAGCCCGAGCAUUCGUAACGACUCAGAAGUUACUAAAAGCUAACAAGUUAUUGGCGGGCCAUGACAUAAGCGAAGGUGGACUAUUGAUAUGUGCACUAGAAAUGGCAUUUGCUGGAUUGGCUGGAUUGAAGCUUGAUUUAACUGAACUGUACACUGAGUUUAAACAGGACUCGUUGCAUUUGCUUUUCGCUGAAGAAUGUGGCUGGAUAAUUGAAGUUGAAUCUGAAAACGUUUCUAGCAUAACUGAAGCAUAUUGUUUAGCGAAUGUGCCAUGUUACAUCAUUGGUAAAGGCUUUAAAACUGACAUUCGCAGUCCGGGAUCAUUGUGUGUAAAUAUUGGUAAUGAAAAAAUCGUUCAUGCUCGCCUAUUAGAUUUAUUCAAGCAAUGGGAAAGAACUAGCUUUGAAAUUGAAAAACGACAAGCUAACGAACAAUGUGCUGCUGAAGAAUAUUCCACACUGGAUUACCGUUGCGGCCCAUCUUAUUAUUGUUCGUUUAAUCCCGAUAUCGCGCACUUUAACAAACUGAUUACACCAAAGCCAAAAGUAGCAGUUUUGCGUGAGGAAGGAAUUAACGGUGAUCGAGAAAUGUCAAUGGCAUUGUUUGAGGCCAACUUUGAAGUACAUGACGUAACUAUGAGUGAUUUGCUUAAUAGAAGGACACUGUUAGACAACUAUCGUGGUGUUAUUUUCCCAGGAGGAUUCAGUUAUGCGGACACCCUAGGAUCUGCCAAAGGCUGGGCUGCGUGCAUAUUACAUAGUCAGGUUUUGAAAUCGCAAUUCCGAGCAUUCAAAUCUAGAGCGGAUACAUUCUCCCUCGGUGUUUGCAAUGGAUGCCAACUGAUGGCGCUACUUGGGUGGAUUUCAACUGAAGAUGACCUUGAUAAUUCGAUCGAUGUGCCAGAUGUUGUUCUUAUACAAAACGUUUCAGAGCGGUUUGAGUGUCGAUGGAGUACACUCAAGAUUUCUGAAAGCAAUUCUUUUAUGCUACGCAAGCUAUCGAACAGUAUAUUGGGAUGUUGGAUUGCUCAUGGUGAAGGGCAAUUUUCAUUUAAAAACAAACAAGUUUUUGAAAGUUUAAAACGGAAAAAAUGCAUAGCUAUGCAAUACGUCGACGAUAACAAUGAACCGACCGUUGCGUAUCCAAUGAACCCUAACGGUAGCAUAGAAGGAGUUGCUGGUUUAUGUUCCCCAGAUGGAAGACAUUUGGCAAUCAUGCCCCAUCCUGAACGCUGCACAAAAAUGUGGCAAUGGCCAUAUAUCUCAAACUCAUUUAAAUAUCACACAUCUCCGUGGCAUCAUAUGUUUGUCGAAGCAUACAAUUGGUGCACAAAUAAAUGAAACUAAUACCAUGAUCUGAGUGAAACAAAUACAAUUGAUUAUCUAUA